GCCUCCCGGGGGCCCGCCGCGCCUGUCCGGGGCUCGGCCCGAGUCUGCCCCGCGCGCCCCGCCGCGCGCCCGAGCGGGACUGGCGGUGGCGCCCCCGCGGGGCCGGGCUGCGGCCCCGCUGCCGCGCUCGGGCGCGCCGUGUGAGCGCAGCGGCGGCGCCCCGCUGCAGAACAGCCGUCAGCCGUUCUGUGCUCGGCUUGUCUCCUCCGGCCUCUGCCUGUCCUGCGGAGCCCGGAGGGUGAGUGAGCCCACAGCCGGGGUCUCGAGAAGAAUGAUGUCGCUGUGCCCUGUGCUUUAGUGGCAAAAGGGGAUUCUGCUCGUAGAUGGUCUGGAGUGAAGACUCGGAACCUGCAUUUCUUGCGAGUUCCUUGGUGAUGCUGCUGUGGCAGGUCGAGGGACCACAGUUUGAGAACUACUGACACACCAACUUGAGGAAAGGAAAAAAGAUCCUCUUUGCUGUGUGGAGAAUGGAUUGGAAAAGAGAAAGAAGUGGGAGACCAUGUAGGAAAGCGUUGCAGAAGCCCAGGAAACGCUGCACUGAGUGUUCUUCUACAAAAGAGUCCAUUAUUUCUGGAAUUGCCUGUAGAGAGGCAGCGAGGUCGCUCUGCUGACCCUUCCCUGCAGCCUCCCUGGCCUGGGUAACUGGAAGAAUCGAGCUGUCGCUGACUGAGGCUGUGAGCACCACGAGAAUGAGUACUUUCAAACCAGUGCCCGGGGCCAACCAGAACACUGACUGACCCAGGUGUCUGGAUGGAGACCUGAGCUGCGAGAAGAAAGACGCUCCUGGAAGGAAAUUACAGAGGCUAACAACAUGGAAAAGAGGCCCCAGGAUGGUAGAAUAGGUCCCCCCCACAGAGAGGUGCCCCCGGUGGUGGGGCUGCUGCUGGCCAUGGCCCUCAUGAACGCGCUCCUCUACCUCUGCCUCGACCGGUUCUUCAUUUCCCCUCGACUGUCUGCUGUGGACCCUGGCCACUGUCCCCACGGCUACUUCAGAAUGGGACAGAUGAGAAACUGCUCACCAUGGCUGUCCUGUGAGGAGCUGAGGACAGAAGUGAGGCAGCUGAAGCGCGUUGGGGAAGGAGCUGUGAAGAGGGUCUUUCUGGCAGAGUGGAAGGAACGCAAAGUUGCUCUCUCACGGCUCACCAGUCUGGAGCUGAAAGACGAUUUCCUCCAUGGGCUGCAGAUGCUGAAGUCUCUGCAGAGUCAGCACGUUGUCACGCUGCUUGGCUACUGUGAGGAAGACAACACCAUUCUUACUGAGUAUCACCCCCUAGGUGCCUUGAACAACCUGGAAGAAACACUAAACCUUUCCAAGUACCAAAAUGUGAACACGUGGCAGCACAGGCUGCAGCUGGCCGUGGACUACGUCAACAUCAUCAGCUACCUGCACCACAGCCCCCUGGGCACACUGGUCAUGUGCGACUCCAGCGACCUGCCCAAGACGCUGUCCCAGUAUCUGCUGACGAGCAACUUCAGCAUCGUGCUGAACGACCUGGACGCCCUGCCCCUGGUGAACCGCAGCUCCAGGAUGUUUGUGAAGUGCGGCCACAGGGAGCUUCAUGGUGAUUUUGUGGCUCCAGAGCAGCUGUGGCCCUAUGGAGAGGACAUGCCUUUUCAUGAUGAUCUCAUGCCCUCGUAUGAUGAGAAGAUCGACAUCUGGAAGAUUCCAGACGUUUCCAGUUUCCUUUUGGGGCAUGUCGAAGGCAGUGAUAUGGUCCGAUUCCAUUUGUUUGAUAUUCAUAAGGCAUGCAAGAGCCAGACUCCUGCGGAAAGACCCACUGCUCGGGAUAUCCUGGACACUUACCAGAAGGUUCUGAAUUUACUCAGAGACACCAUGAUGUCUCAGACGAGAGAAAUGCUAUAAAAACCAGUCCAGUCUGUGAAGGAUGGGAUUUAAGGAAUAAGUGGCAUAGUUGCAGCAGUUCUGCCCUGACAGUAAGGUUUCCGCCGUUCAGCCGUGUGGUUCUUCCUCUGCGUCCAUGUGCACAUGUGAGUGUUCUGCCUCUCCUGGCAACCUGGAGGAAGUUGAUAAGCAAGAGCAAACCCAGCUUGAUUCAAGUCUGGCUUUGUUUUCUAAGGCUGCUCUCUCCCAGGGGAAGAUGCAGAGAAGCGGGAAUCUAACCGGUAUCUGAAAAGAGCCUUCACCUGCCCUAAUAACUGAAUUUGCAAGCUUGUAAGAAAUGUAUAUAGAGAGGGUUUUUAAAUGGCAGUAUAUGAAAGAAACAUACAGUAGUUCUCCAAAGAAUAUUUUUUCUUCACUUUUUUAGAUGGUAAUCAACAGACAGGGUCACGGGAGUGUUGGUGGUCUGUUUCACGUAGUAUCGGUGAGUCAUCUUUACUGUUCUGAAUAAUUGUUCUGUGAAGCUCCUGUGCCAUCCUCUUUCCAACGAGCUGAGGGAGAACUAUGAGAGCAUGCUCUUGGAAAUUUUGAAUGGAUAAUAUAUGUAAAACAGCAAGUGCGAGGGAAAUGAAUUUAUGUUACUGCCUUGGAUGGUGCUUGUACAAGUCCUGUUUACCUUCCAGCUGGGUUUUCUGUGUCGAACAUUAAUUAGUGUGAACAUUUUACGUCAGCAGUGUCACUCAUCCUUGGGAAGUGUCAAGCUCUUCCACCUGAGUUGCAUGAUUGAAUCCUUCAAAAAGUUCUUUCCUUGGUCACUGCCGUCAUCACUUGCAGGGCGUGAUGGAGCUGGUGCAUCUUAAUGAUUAAUAAUGUGGUUACGGCCGACAUUGAGGGGCAGAGACGCUCUGCAGCAGACUCUGCCUUCCCCUGCACUUGAGCGGUGUCAGAAUCACUGGCAUCGCUGGAGCUGGUUCCCACCCCGGAGUGUCUGACUCAGGGGGUCGGAGGCGGAGCCCAAGACUCAGCAUUUCUACCUGGUUCCCAGGGGAUGCUGGUGCUGCUGGUUUGGGGACAACAUUUUGGGAACCACUGCCCUUAACUGUCAGGGAGGACCCCACAGGCAGUAGGAUAGGACAGAGCUAUCAGUAUUAUCCCCUAUUCUGCUUCCCGUGGUUGAUUGGGUCCUGUGGCUGAUCAGAGAAUGUGCUCGCCCAGAGUGUUUUGUCACUUUUUGUUGUAAAAACACUGCCACAACCCACUAGGGUGGCUGUGAUGAAAAGGGAGGACAAUAACGAGUGCUGGAGGGAUGUGGAGACUCGGAGCCCUCACACACGGCUGAUAGGGAUGUAAAAUGGUGCAGCUGCUCUGGAAAACAGUCUGGCAGCUCCUCAAAACAUUAAAAAUAGAGUUCCCAUGACCCAGAAGUUCCACUCCCAAGUAUUUACCCAGGAGAAUUGAAAACAUGUCCAUAAAAAAAUUUGUACACAGACGUUCACAGCAACAUUAUACAUAAUAGACAAAAGAUGGGAAUAAACCAGAUGUCUGUCAGCUGGUGAAUAGAACAAGACAAUGUGAUAUAUCCAUACAGUGAGAUAGUAUUCAGCCAUAAAAAGGAAUGAAUUACUGAUACAUGCUCCAACAUGGAUGAACCUUGAAAACGUGCUAAGUGAUGUUGGAGGAGGUAAUUGAAUGGACGUGACCUCCAGUUGACCCAAGAACUGGGCGUUUGGAAGCUCCUCACCCCUUCCCCUGUCCUUGGAAUGUAUACUUUCCUCACUGUUCGCACAGUGGGAGUCAUUUCAAGGACGCAACCUUGAGAGAGCAGUGUAUUGUCGAGACCAUCUGGACGGUCUACAUGACUGAACCCCAUUAAGGCCUCUACAUAAACUUUUAAGACUCUGGUGGGCAGUGAAAGGAUCAUCUUGUGGCUGCUCAAGACAAGCAUCGUAAGUAUAUUCCCUCACUGAUUAAACCUGCCCCCUACCAAUCUAGAGUGCCUGCCUCUUUCUUCCUUCUCUCUUUGCCCUCUGUGUAUGGAGCCAGUUUGUGAUCCAACAAGUGAAAGAGGCCAGUGGCAAAAGACCACAUGUUGCAUGGUUCCAUUCAUAUGAAAUGUCCAGAAUAGCCGAAUCCAUAGAAAAUAGGACAUAGGUUAGUGGUUUCCAGGGGCUGGCAGGAGGUUGGGGGUAAAUUAUGGGGAGUACUUGUUAAUGGGUACAGAGUUUCUGGGGUGAUGAAAAUGUUCUGAAAUUAUGUAGUCGUGAUGGUUGCACAACUCUGAAUAUACUAAGUAACACUGAACUGUAUAAAAAGGGCAGAUUUUAUGGUAUGUGAAUUAUAUCUCAAUAAAGCCAAAAAAACCUCACAUCUGUGACAAGUAUCCCGUGUAUCCU